GCAGUCUCGUAGACACGGUGUUGAGCUCUACAUGUCUUUCCACAUCAAAGGGAAAUCACACAAGUUCCAACAGUUCAGCGGUGGGAGGCUGCCAGCGCUUGAAAGGAUCAUUCGCCUCCAAUGCACCAAAGCAAACAAACACUCUUGCCCUCGGAAGUUGCAUAUUUCCAUAAACUGCUCUAUGGAUAAAAAGCGUCCUUGAGUGCCGUCGGUGUUAUUUGCGAUUCAACUCGAUAUGUCUGAAAAUCAGCCUCUUUGCGCUCUAGUUUUCUUAACUUCACUCUUCUGCUCGGCAUGCUCACAGGGGACACGAUUCGUUCAUUCAGCUGCACUAGAUGCGGAUGGGAGAUACAACAUUAAGUGGGGAUUUGACGAGUCCACGAUAACUUUUGAAGUAGAAGUGAAAACGAGAGGAUAUAUAGGAUUCGGUUUAUCACCGACCGGUGCGAUGUCCUCGUCUGAUAUCGUGAUAGGUGGUGUCCUCAACGGAAGUCCAUAUCUGCUGGACUAUUAUACAGACUCAAACAGAAAGGUCCAUAAAGAUCCGCUGCAGAGCUACCAGCUGCUAUACGGUAGAGAGAACGACACGCAUACUGUCCUGGCUUUCAGCAGAAACCUCCAGACCUGUGAUGACAAUGAUAAAGUCAUUACGGGCAGUACAGUGAGAGUGAUCUGGGCAUUCCAUGCGGAGGACGUGGGAGUGUCAGGACCAGUCUACCAUGGGACAAACAGAGGCAGAAAGAGUCUGCGAUUACUCAACCCUGGAACCAGCUCCAGCAUCCCAGCAGGAACAACUUUCUUUGACCUUCAAAACGAGGAGGUUCCCGUGCCUCACAAGGAUACGACAUACUGGUGUCAGAUCUUUCAGUUUCCCGAGCUGAAGAAGAAACAUCACAUAAUCAGAAUAGAGCCGAUGAUUCAGAAGGGUCAUGAGAAUCUGGUCCAUCACAUUCUGCUCUACCAGUGCGACAGCAAUCUGAACAAGAGUGAGAUCAACAGAGGACAUGAAUGCUACCAUCCAAAUAUGCCAGACUCCUUCUUCACAUGUGAAACCGUCCUGUUCGCCUGGGCUAUUGGAGGAGAGGGCUUCACCUACCCUCCUCAUGUUGGAAUGUCAAUAGGAACCUCAAUAGACCCAGUCUUUGUACAGAUGGAGAUUCACUUCGAUAACCCAUCUUUACAAAGAGGGAUAGUGGACAGUUCAGGCCUGCGUUUGUACUACAGCCCCAGCCUGAGGCGCUAUGAUGCUGGGGUCAUCGAGACAGGAGUGUGGGUCAGUCUCUACCACAUGUUGCCUCCAGGCAUCCAGGAUUAUAUUACAGAAGGACACUGCACACAGGAGUGUCUCCAAGAGUCAUUAGACAGCGAGAUGCCCAGUGGAAUUCAUGUGUUUGCAGUUCUGCUCCAUGCUCACCUGGCAGGACGGGCUAUCAGAGCCAGACAUUUUCGCCAGCAAGUCGAGCUCCAGCCACUAGCCUCAGACGAUCAGUUUGAUUUCAACUUCCAGGAGUUCCAGCCGCUCAGCCAGGAGAGGAUCAUCCUGCCCGGAGAUUCUCUGAUCACUGAAUGUAGAUACAACACUAAAGGCAGAAUGAACAUGACCUGGGGAGGUCUUAGUACACGGGAUGAGAUGUGUUUGUCAUAUCUGCUGUACUACCCCAGGGUUAACCUAGCCAGGUGUGAAAGUUUACCAGAAAUCACCGGCCAGCUUAAAUUCAUUGGGGUCAAAGAGAUCCAAGAGCCUGUUACAACCUGGCCCUUUGUGAUUAAGAGUCCUAAGAAAUACAGCAACCUCUCCUUCACGGAGGCCAUGGACAAAUACAAGUGGACGAGGAAGCGUGGGAAAGCAUUCAAUGACAUCGUGCGCAAACUCCCCAUGAACGUCCGCUGCUCCAAGAUUGGCCAGGAAGAGUGGUCGAUUCAAGGGAUGAUCAUCUCUCCUCCAGAGCUGAAGUCAGAGCAGACGUCUGCUGCUGUUGUUGCCUGUAGGAAUGUCUCAGAGAUUCAAUGUGAACGCUCCCUCGCUCUGCUCCUCACUGCAUGUCUCUUGCUCAUACUACAGACCUGCUCGCACCUCUAACAUCUGCUGUCAUCUCAGCCUACUCAUAAACAUGCAUACAUACAGCAGGUGCACAUCAGGACUAGUGUUUCCCAGAAA